AUAAAACAUUUAAUCCAAUGUUUACAUAAGUGUUCAUAGGGUACACUUGCUUAAAUGGUGUUCAACGCUUAUCCUUGUGAUAAGGUAAGUAAAUAAAUCAGUCUUACGUUUUCACUCGUAAUGUGCUAAUGUGUUCAUUUAUUUUUUGCACAUUGGUGAAACGUCUAGAAUUUUAGAAUUAAUUAAUAAACCUUGACAACAUUCAUAAGUACUUCCUGGCCUGCAUAUAUAUACUAUUUGGUAAGCUACUUAAGAACAUUCCUUAUCAUAUAGAUAUGUUAUGCAAGCUUUCCCAAAAUCAAAAUAUUAUCAAUCUAUAGUUAGGACAUUAACAUAGUAAUCUUUUUAUUACGUCAAAUCACAGUUUUUCGUUUACUCGGCAGGUAUGUGCUCAUUUGACUCGCAUAAGUGCUGGCCAGGCAGAUGUUCAACAAGCCUAACCAAAGAUUGCGUGUGUGCGGAAGGCUUUCGGUUAGAGAAAAGUACCUCGCACACAUCAUGCCAGCUGUCUCUAAACAACACACCUACGAUCAUAAAUUGCCGUAUACAAUUACGUGAAGGCGUCGGUGGAAAGGCACGGCAGUCUCCAUCGGGCGAAUGCAAACUCCAAAAAGAUUUCUUCGGAAACUUUCAACCAAGAAUCGUUCAGUUUGAGAUGGGUGCUGUCUUUAAAAUUGAUAUCUCAAAUAUUACAAGGCCACUUUUUAUAUCCGAAUCAAAAUUUGGUGUUACUGAUGCCAACGUCUAUCUUCAGCAAAAACCAAUAAGUGGAGUGUCGAGACCUGUAGACAGCUAUAGUUUCAAAUACGAUCAAAACGCCAGCGUAAACGCAACAGAAACGUUUUUCGGAAAAGCUAAUGUUUCGGAAAAUACAACCCAUCUUCAAAACGGGGAAAGAUUGUGCGUUAGAUUUGAAGCAAAAGGAGGUGGAUACGUAAUAGCGCACGACUUUGCCAAUAACAGAAAUAAAAGUCCACAGGCGUACGACAAGACAGUUGUGCAGAACGUUAUUUGCUACAGAUAUGACUCCAUGUCACCAAAGCAUUGCACUGAAACGAACGUGUAG